AUGGCCAGUGUCAUGCACUCGAGGCAGAAAGGCUCAGCAAGUAGUCGCUUCAGCUGGCUCUCAAAACUAUACAAGCGUACUGCAACACAUGGCGAUCCAACAGCAGCGCGCAACAAUAACGCACAAAACGCCCAUCACCUCUCCACACCAGCCUCGUCUGUUCAUGGCGCGCCUUUUCUCUCACUCCAGCAAACGGGGAGUUCCCUUGAAGGAUCUGGUAGUGAUGCGUCUAGUCUACGGCCUACCAUUUCUACACGCGCACCUAGUGUCUCGUCCAAUGCUGCCGUGUUGAAUGUUGAAGCGCCGAGUCAGGCAAGAGGAUUGCGCGAUAGUAGGAUGCCGUCGAUGCUCUCACUCACAGAUACAUCAGACAGACGGCCAGUGGAUCCAGAAGAUAGACCGCUUGCAACGGAAAAAACGGAGGAUGACUUGUCUGAAGCAGAUGGCGAGACAGUGGAUACCCCUCGUAUUGGUAUGGAUGAAGAGACGGCAGAUAAUGCAUCCACACACAGUCCAAUGGCUUCCCUCCACUCCUCCAAGGAAUCCACCGUUCUUUCCAUCUUCACCACACGCACAGCAGAGACGCAACCAACCUUCUUUCCACAAACAGCAGCCUCUCUCCUUUCCCAACGAACAAGCGGUGUGAUGGGCACAGGCGCUGCUGAUAAUGCAAGUAUGUUGACCUUGGCUUCUAGCUCAAAAGCACGUCGCCGACGUCGCAGUAUCGAUACACAAGCGAGUAUGCGCGCGCUUGCACCAGCUUCUGCUCGAACAUCGUUUGAAUCAGCUCAUACACAACACAACGCUUCUACGCCUGCAACGUAUAUGCCUGCGGGCGAUACAAGUGCCAUGGGUGGUCGAACGGGUACGUCGCUUGCUGGUAGCCUAUACAACUAUCGAUCCAUGCUACACAACAAUAUGGAAGACACCCGAGAUGCGGAUCGAUUGAGUACGGGACAACGCUCUGUGAGUGGGUAUAGUCUUCAAUCCCUGGAUGCGCAUCUAGCGCAAGGAUCUGGUAGUGUGCAGCCUGCUUUGAUGACCCAGCCUGCCAUUAUCAUGGAUGUGGAUGACGAGCAGGUCGUGUAA